AUGAGGUGGCAAAUGGGAGCACAGUGGCAUUAUGAAAGGUAUGAGUCUGAGUUUUUUAAAAGUGUUGUUAAUGGACGUGAAAUUGUAUCCUGGGCUGCUGUUGACCGAAGUCGACCAAAUGUUCAGAGUGAUGAACUUGUUGGAUUUGUUACUGCUCGAAUUGUGUUGGCAAAAGAAAGUGAGAUUGCAGAUUUGAUUCGAUAUGAUGGAUCAACUUCGGAUCAAACUCUUGUCUACAUUCUGACACUGGGAGUUGUUGAGACAUAUAGAAACCUUGGGAUAGCUACUUCACUUAUUCACGAGAUCAUCAAAUAUGCUUCCAGCAUUCCAACAUGCCGAGGAGUGUAUUUGCAUGUAAUCUCCUACAACAAUCCUGCCAUCCUUCUGUACAAGAAAAUGUCAUUCAAGUGUGUACGAAGGUUACAUGGUUUUUAUCUGAUCAAUGGACAGCAUUAUGAUUCCUACUUAUUUGUUUACUACGUAAAUGGCGGCCGUUCUCCAUGCUCACUGCUGGAGCUUGUGGCGGUUGUUCUGAGUUGCAUGAGAAGUGGUAUCAAAUUGGUAGCAGCUAGGCUAUGGAGGAGAGAAGAGAAAGGGAUGAAAUGGAGCAAAUGCAAGGAAACUCGUUCCCUCGUAUCAUCAACUGAAAACAAAAGAAACCUCAAAAAGGAUUGUAGUGGGUGCGAGUGCGUUUAAUCCCACGUAUUCUCAUAAUAUGUCACAAAAAACAAACUCUCAUCUCUUCUGUUACAUGCUAAACCCUAGAAGCAACCCUAGAAGCCAUGUAAUAGUUAAUCUCUUGACUGUAACAUAGUGUUCAUAUUAAAAUUAUCUUCCUCAAAUGGAGUUUGGUAAUUUAGCAUAUUCACCAGAUCA